AAUCUUAUUUCCCAUAAGAUGAUCCACACAGGGGAGAAGCCAUACAAAUGCAUAGAGUGUGGAAAGAACUUUGCUUACAGGAGUGGACUUACUAUCCACAAAAGGAUCCAUACAGGGGAGAAGCCAUAUCAAUGCAUGGCGUGUGGAAAGGCCUUUGCUCAAAGAGGCCAUCUUAUGCGCCAUAAGAUGAUCCACACAGGGGAGAAGCCAUAUAAAUGCAAAGAGUAUGGAAAGACCUUUGCUUACAGUAGUGGACUUACUAUUCACAAAAUGAUCCAUGCUGGGGAAAAGCGAUAUAAAUGCAUGGAGUGUGGAAAGACCUUUGCUCAGAGUAGUGGACUUAGUUGCCACAAGCAGAUCCACAUGGAGGAUAAGCUGUAUAGAUGCAUGGAAUGUGGAAAGACUUUUGCAAAUAGCAGUUACCUAAGAAUACACAAAAGGAUCCACGCAGGGGGAAAGCAAUUUAAACACACGGAAUGUGGGAAGUCCUUAGCUCAUAGCAAUGAUCUAAGAAUACACAAAAAGAUCCACACAGGAGAGAAAGCAUAUAAAUUCAUGGAGUGUGAUAAUACCUUUGCUUACAGUAGUGGACUUACUAUCCACAAAAGGAUCCACACAUGGGAGAAGCCGUAUAAAUGCAUGGAGUGUGGAAAGACCUUUGCUUACAGUAGUGGACUUAAUAUCCACAAAAGGAUCCAUACAGGGGAGAAGCCAUAUAAAUGCAAAGAGUGUGGAAAGACCUUUGGUUACAGUAGUGGACUUACUAUCCACAAAAGGAUUCACACGGGGGAAAAGCCAUUUCAAUGCAUGGAGUGUGGAAAGACUUUUGCUCAAAAAGGCCAUCUUAUUCGCCAUAAGGUGAUCCACAAAGGGGAGAAGCCAUAUAAAUGCAAGGAGUGUGGAAAGACCUUUGGUUACAGUAGUGGACUUACUGUCCACAAAAGGAUCCACACAGGGGAGAAGCGAUAUAAAUGCAUGGAGUGUGGAAAGACAUUUUCUCAGAGAAGUGGACUUAAUUACCACAAUAAGAUCCACACAGGGGAGAAGCCAUAUAAAUGCAUGGAGUGUGGAAAGACCUUUGCUCGGAGCAGUGGACUUAGUUGGCACAACAAGAUCCACAUGGGGGAGAAGCCAUAUAAAUGCAUGGAGUGUGGAAAGACCUUUGCUCAAAUUGCCCAUCUUAAUUCCCAUAAGAUGAUCCACACAGGGGAGAAGCCAUAUAAAUGCAUGGAGUGUGGAAAGACCUUUGCUCGAAGAUAUCAUCUUAAUUGCCAUAAGAUGAGCCACACAGGGGAGAAACCAUAUAAAUGCAUGAAUUGUGGAAAGUCAUAUGCUCGAAAGUAUGGUCUUACUUGCCAUAACAAAAUCCACACCGGAGAGAAGCCAUAUAAAUGCAUGCAGUGUGGGAAGACGUUUGCUCAGAAUUCUAGUCUUAUUUCCCAUAAGAUGAUCCACACAGGGGAAAAACCAUAUAAAUGCAUGAAUUGUGGAAAGACAUUUGCUCGGAAGUAUGGUCUUACUUGCCAUAACAAAAUCCACACUCUGGAGAAGCCAUAUAAAUGCAUGGAGUGUGGGAAGACCUUUGCUCUGAAUGGUAGACUUACUUCUCAUAAAAGAAUCCACACUCGGGAGAAACUAUGCAGC